AAGAACCGCGCGGGCAAAGUGUAGUAGUAGUUGGGCACGAUCCAUGCCAUACACAGUGGGCUCAUAGGUUUGUCAUCUGUCAUAGCGAGCACACGCGAGCUUCACAAGCUCUCUGUCUCUCUGUUUCGCUCUUUCAUGUUGUACCGUCUCUGUGGUUUUAUUCGCUGGGCUUCGUUUUAUGGUGGAACUUGCAACAAAAUUUCUCUGUUCGUUCGUGAAAGCAGUGUUUUACUGAAGCGGUAAAAGGGCUUCCAGAUCGACGCCAUCAAAAUGCAGUUCGGGACUUCCAACGGCUGGGUAUGCCUCAGCCUCGUCGUGAUCAUUUCGGGCAUCCGCGCCGUUGAGGGCAUCAGGAGCAUGGUGAUGGGACCGAAGUCGCGAGAUAUCUCCCUUGGCAGCAACGCCCUCCAGGGCCUGCAGAGCAUGUGGUACAAAGACAGCCAGGAGGACGAGCCGUCCAUGGUCUUGGACCCGAGGCAGACGUGGGACGCGUUCAUCAAGAACUCGGAGCGAACGAGCAAAAUGAAGAGGCGCAAGAACCGAAGGCGCAACAAGAAGAACCAGAUCCCCAUGCCCAAAGCCGGCCCACCUGGCCCCCCAGGACCCAGGGGUCCACCUGGACCACCAGGCGGUACCCUCACUACUGCCGAAUUGGAAGAGUACAUCAAAGAUUCCCUUAGAGAGUACCUGCAAGACAGCAACGACACCGCUCGUGUCAGCGCCGAAGUGGACGACUUCUCCGGCGGGGAUUCGGCGCGCCGGGGAAGGGUCAAAGUGGCGUUCGCUUCAACACUUCCUCAUCCUCCGACGAUUAAGCCAGCGGGACUCUCCAUCGUCGACUCCUUCACCAUUACGUUCUCCCCGGGGCUGUUCGAGCGGCGAGUGAUGGUCGAACACGGCGGCUUCACGGUGACCAAGCACGGGCUGUAUCAGGUGUCCGCUUCGCUGGUCCUCCACCCGAAGGGGAGACCCAACACGGCCCUCAUCCCUAGGAACGAGAUCAGCGCGUACAUCUGCGUCAAUACCUGCACGAAGGACAAUCGACGUUUACAAUGGUCUGGCAGCGUUGGCGACGGGACCGUGACGGCUGUGUUGACGGGACACAUCAUGCUCAGAAGGGGCAACACCCUUUUCGUCGCUGUGGAUAACACUUCGGAGCGACACCUGCAGGUAGGAACAGGCUCCAGUUUUUCAGCCGCCAUGAUUGGGACUUAGUCGUCAACCACCGUCAGCGCCAAACGCCCCAAAUCCAGUUAUAAAAUUCGACCAGCACUGUCUACCUAGUUUGCCCAGAGAAUGACGUCACCACUGCAUUAUUCCCAACGAUAAGGUUCCGCGAUAGACGAUGCAUGAAGCUUUCAGCCUUUUCGGAAGGAGAAGGAAAUGGAGCAUUGCUGUAUUGUAAAAAAAAAAAUUAUUAUCCGAUGAAGGUGUCAUCAGAAUAAGAUUUAGGCUAAAACAUAUAAUUCUUUUUCGAGUCGGUGUUCGUGUGGAACUAGCUAAAAGAGCCAUUCAUUUUGAUAACAUAUCUUGUAUAAUGAGCACAAUGUCACGAUCACCAUUGGAGUGAGUGGAAAUUGGAAAAGUAAUAUUUAAUUGCAACCUGACAAUCAGAAAACGAUACUUAUGUUGAUCAAAUAGUUUUUCAACGAACUAAGACAGCCUUGACGCUAAGAAGUAGAAUACAGAAAAAAAAAAUUGUAAACACAAUAAGUCUUCAAGUUGUCUGAUGACAUCCAAAACUGUCUCAAAGAUCUGGGCAAUGGCUGUGACAAAGGUAAUGAUACGAGAAGCAAAACUUUACGCAGCACUAUGACCUGAGAUUUACUUGUCUUAAUUUAAUUGUAGGUUAAGCGUUUUACGUUCAGUGGGGGCGCCCAAGAAUCUGUUUUCGAAAUCGGAUCGAGUUUGGUCCCUGGAAAAAAAAAAAAUAAAAAAAAAAAAAUUAGUGCCUUCGUUGAGGGUUCAGCUUUCCUCGUCUGUCGAUGACGUCAUCGCAACUUUUUUUUUUUCCUGUAAAUAUUUAUUUUGACAUCGGACGGCUGAAACCGGAAGCUUUGUAUAAGCGUAAUCAGAUUUAUGUAGGUAUACGCAGAUGAUGAAAUGUAAUUUUAAACACAACUUUGUGUAUAAUUUUAAUAAUGUCAUCAAGUUUUGUUUUGUCUGGAAAAAAACAAAUAAAAAAACACGCAACUAACGCAAAGAAAUCUUUUACAAAACAAAAUAACCAAUCUUCAUUUCCACUGCAACCAUGAUUUCAGUCGCCUCCGUUAUUUGACGAGAAAUCUACGUAAUUCGUUCUUCAUUAACUUCCCCCCUGAUUUUGUUCCUAUUUAAAUGUAACUUCGAGAAAAAGGAGCUGGGCUAGUCGCUACCAAGACUAGUUACUGGGACAUUGUUAUAUUGACCCAUUGCUACUUCUGCAUCACUAAGUUCUGUUGCUGGUUUCCAAGUGUGACCCUCACUGUUGAAAUAUGUGUGACCCUCAGUUUUUUAAUUUUCCUUAUCAGAAUAGAUGUAAAAUCCAAUCGCUCUCAUCCGUCACAUGUACGUGAAAGUCAAGGAUGUGCUUAUAAAAUUCUAACUUUUCGGUUUGUGAAUUUUAACUCACCUGGCCAGCUCUCACUUUCUUUUAGACGCCUUUCACGUUCUGUGAAGUUAAACAACGAGUCUGAUCAGUACUUACAUUGGUAACCACAUAAUAUUGAAGUCCUCUGUCACCUAUGCCACCAGGACCAUCUAUGGAGGCAAUGGCAUAUAGCCAUCAACGUCUUUUAUACAAGUCUAGGCACAGAAGAGAAGUCUGGUCACUCUUUCCCUUUUCAUUGUCGAUUAUUGUCGGUCGUUCCUCUCUGGUGAAUCAGUUUGACAGUUGGCCAACUGAUUCUGUUCUAUCCGUCUUAAGUGAUUAUAGAACGUGGCGUCCCAUAUGUAGUAUAGCCUAAUCUGUUUUGACUUAUUUUGGGGGACGGUGAGUGGUUCUGAGAAUCUCGUUGGAACACUGGAGGAGCUUGAGAGUAGAUCAGAAGCCCACUCAGACAAAAUCUCCAAAAAGCUCCUGCUCCUUUUUCAUAAUCGACCCAUGUACCCUUUAUACCAGUGGUUCUUAACCAUUUUGGCGCAUGCACCCUUCCGUUAUUCGUCAAUAAUGUCAUUCCACCCCUCUCCCCCUUUUCCAAAAUUGUCUCCUUCAAAUGGUGCAUUCCAAAUAAUAGGCCUAUGAUACUAAAAAUCCUUGGUCACAAUUCCCCCCCCUCCCCCCUUGAAACUGAAAUUUCCUCCUAGGGGGGAAUUCCCCCCUGGUUGAGAACCACUGCGUUAUAUCCAUAAAGGACGGUAUAACCAUUAACGCUAUGCACAAUUAUUGUUUGUACAGAAUUUACUCUUGCUUUCAUCUUGUCUGUGCCCUUAUUCAUUUGUUUUGUUUUGCCUUCAUUUUGUAUCAUGGAUUUUCUUGUACUUUUCGUUUUAAAGAUUGUCUGGUGUUAACAGGCAUUUGUAACAUUUUCUCUCUAAUUUUCCAUUGUUCAUUACCCUGCAGACAUCAUUUUUGUACAUUUUAGAAUUAAUGUAUGUCUGUGAAAAUUUAGAAAUACUUUACAGUUUUUCAAGCAUUCGCCUCAUUUAUUUAAAAAGUGCUGUUUGUUCCCGCAUACCUGUAUAAAAAGCAUACCUGUAUAAUGAAGUUUCCUUAUUUUUCUUUGUAGUAAAUAACUCCGUGUUAUCAUGAUCUUGGCUAAGGACUAAUCAUGUUUCCUUAGCUCCAUAUUUUGAAAAGAAUAUAUAUUGCCACAAAUUAAUCAUAUACCGCAUGAAAACAAGAGUAGGAACUUCUAACACAAAUAUAAAGUUUACUCAUAUUCAUUAUUUUGGUGCAUCACAUUUAUUGUCUAUACUUUUUUAAGUAUUCAUAGAGUUUAUAAUGUCUUUUCGUUGUAAGUUGUGUAUGUAUUGUAAUGAGUGAUAAUGCUAUUUUAGGUUUUUAAGGGAUUCGAAUUAUUUAAACUAUAUCGCCGAGCGUGGUAACAUAAGGAAUGUAAAAGUUGAUGAUUAUAUACUGUUGAUGUCGCUAAGGUAUUCUAAAUAACUUUGAUUAUAAUAGCUUCUUUUUAUUUACAUUCCAUAGACGAUGCGUCUGCUGAAAGUACAAUGUAAGUUACUGUGUAAGUUACUAUGAUUCUGUUCUUUAUUGUGUCAUUUUCUCACUUAAGGUAGCUUUAUGUGUAAAUAAAAUGUUAUAUUAAUGUU